GAAAGGAUGCACCGUGGAAAAGCUUGGACUUUGGAGAAAAACAACAAACCCUUACCUACAUUCGCUGGUUACCACGCCCGUUGUUGCUGCGCUUGCGAAUCUUGUGCAGCAAACGUUCGGUGCUUCGUUGUUUACCGUAGUGAUUAGCCUCACGCACCAAGCGAGCGAUCCGCACCCGUCAGUGUUUUAUCACAUAACUCUCGCUACAUUACUCAACUUCACGACCCGUCCACAAGACGCGGGAGGAGCACAGCGUUGUGAAAAGGGCGACUAAUCAAACUUCAAUCUUAAUCUCGUAGCCAGCAUAAUGUCGAACUACCGUCCCCGAGGAGCAAUUGCCAAAGUAUUUUUUGACCGUAUUCACAACGACGAUGUUAUACAGCAGAUUGAUAUGACCACGUGGUACACUAUGGGGAAAUUGCCUCGCAAAUAUGGAGCUCUGUACCAUCACCUGAAUGGUCCGGACGAGCUAACUCUCGAGUGGUUGGAACGAUCGAAAAAAACAUCCGGCCGUUUCUGGUUGCAGCUGUGCCACGAAGUAGCCAAACUAUUCCUCAACAUGUUCAUGACCCAGACCGAUAUCAAUGGUUUCCUGAAGCGUGGCUCCAUGUUCAUUCUAUCCGAGAUGCAGUUCGACGAAUUUCUUACGGCCGGAGGGUUCUUCCAGCAUCGCGACCGGCAAUCAGCGUUGAAUGUGUGUGACAUUGGUGCAGGCGAUGGAGAGGUAACGUUACGUUUAGUGCACACCUUGCAGCAAAAACGCAGUUGGCAGGUUACAACCUACGCUACCGAAUCUAGCUGGACGAUGAGAAACCGGCUGAAUGAGAAAAAUUUCAUCGUGCUGGAAACUCUAAACCAAAUUCAUCAAGCAGAUCUCAUCGUGUGUUUUAACGUGCUUGAUCGAUGCUUCGAUCCACAUGUUAUGCUAAGUGAUAUUUACGAAUCGUUAGACCGGACGGGAUUCGCAUUGAUCGCGUUGGUGUUACCAUACAGCCACUACGUCGAGAAAAAUUCCAGCCACCUACCCUUAAGAACACUGUUGGAACCGUGGCCCCCAGAGAAGCGGCUCACCGUGGAAGAAGAGCUGGAAAUGUUCUUCGAUGUGCUGCAGUCGGUAGGCUUCAAAAUACGGACCUGGACCAAAGCGCCGUACCUGUGCGAAGGUGACCUGCGCCAGUCAUUCUACUGGCUAACGGACUACGUUGUAUUGUGUUCAAAAUAAAUGUGCAAUCAUUCCAGUUAACGACAAAAGCAAAAGAGCCAACGCCCGACAGACGGUUCUUUCGUAUCCUGUUGAUGAUAUCACGUGCACGGGUCACGGCCGGUCGUUAUCGCGUACGAAAACAAAUGCAUCUGGAAAAGGUUAAU